CAGCUAUUAAUACAAAAUUGCUCAUAAUGUGGUUCAUAUUAUUCGCAGUUUUUACCUUUAAACUAAUGUGCAUUUUUAUCUUUGUCAUCUAUUGCGUUGUCACUUUUCUUCUGGUUAUGUACAAUGCUCAAACAGAAGAAUUGAGAAGAUGUAUUGUACCCCAAGAUAUAAACUUGGAUGUGAAAUUUCUGACUGAAAGUCGCGAGAGCGUAGAUGAUAAAUUAGAAGUGUUAACGGAAAAGCUUACAGAAAAAGAACGCGUGUUACAGAAAUCGCAAUGUGAAAUAAAAAAUGCAGAAAAGGCGUUAACUGAUCUGGAAAAUAAAACAUCGUCCUGCCGAGAUCGAUAUCGCUCGUUGAUGAUCGAAUUGAAAAAGGACAUUCGAGAAACUGAACAUGAGGUGAGAACACUGCAAAAUCAAAUAUCGAAUUUAUCGAUUCGACGAGAAGCUCUUAGAAGCGAAGUAUUAAAGCAACAAGAAGAUUAUCAGAAAAUGCUGAGUGGUUUUUCCAAGGAAUUGGAAAGUAAAAAAACAUUAUUCUGUACGUUAUUGCGAAAUAUUCUAUUUUGUUUAAAAAUAGAUUUUCAUUAUUUUAAUUGGCGCUUUCAAUCUAUAGCUUCGGGUAUCGAGAAAUCAAGACACCAUCGCGUGAGGUGUUUCAGUUUACCAUGAAAAAUUUCAUCGACU